UGUACAUACAUGUACGAUUUGUGCAUAUAUAUUUUGCUUUUUGGUAAUUUUUUACAGUACCUGAAAAUCAAAUCAAAUGGAGGAGGGGAGGGCGUUGUUUGAUGCAUCUGCUUACAUGUUAUUCGAGGCCAGCGGCGAUUCCGAAUCGCAAUACUUAGGCGGCGGCGGUGCAUUGGAGCCGGAUUCCGAUGCCGCGGAGGAUGAUGCGCAGUCGUGCAGCUACGGAUCGUUGUUAUUUUCUGAUAGUGCGCGCCUCCGUGAUGAGGUCGAUGCGGAAGAUUCUCGCCGCGGUGAUUUUGAUGAAUUUAGUGGAGAAGAGAAGGAGGAGGACGGCGGCGGCGGAGGUGUUAGCGAGGAAGACGACGGCGUAGUUGAUCAACGCAGAGGCGGCCGCGGAAAUCCGGCAGCGGCGGCGGCGGUGGACAAGGAGAAGCCGAUGAAAUCAAACGGUUGUGAGGGUUCGAAUGUGAAGAUGAUGAACGAGGGCGAAGGGGAUAAGCUGUUUUGGGAGGCUUGUUUGGCAUCUUAGAAUUAUUAAUUGAGAAUAUUCUCUGCAUCAAACAAAUUAAAUUUGCAGAGGUAAUUGAAUCUCCGGAUUUUGAUGAUGAACACUUUUUCACUUCUUCUUCUUCUUUCAUUUAUUUUUUAUUAUAGAAAUUAUUUUACAUUUCUAUUUAAUUAAAUUUCCAUUGUGUUAAUUAAUAACUAUACUCACAAUUGUAAAUACAGUUACUUCAAUGAAGAUCAACACUAUUUGUGUUCCACAUCUGAA